ACUUUUUAUAGCAACAGAUAACCACCCAACACCAAACCAUCCUCUGCUUCAGUUUAAAUCUUUUCUUUCUCAUUUUACAUUCACACCUCAACUUUCCAAAUAUUAUUACAUGAAGCAAACACAUACUCCAUAGACAGACAAAGAGACAAGGAAAGGAAUAAAGAAAAAGAUCGAUCAUGGUGAACCUUGUAGCAGCUCAAAAGCCCUUGUUGCAUGGGCUAAUGAAAAUGGCAGGGGUUAUACCCCACUCUGUACAGAUCGAGUUAGGCACAGUCAUGAACUUCUGGGUUCCAGUUGAAACCAUUCGAAAACCAAGAAAAGAUGAAGAAACCCCCAAAACCCAGACCUUAACUACACCGGCGAAGCCUGUUGUUGUCUUAAUCCAUGGCUUUGCUGCAGAGGGCAUUGUCACAUGGCAAUUCCAAGUCGGUGCUUUAACCAAAAAAUACUCCGUUUAUGUUCCUGACCUUCUCUUCUUCGGGGGCUCCCUCACAGAUAAAACUGACCGGUCGCCGGUGUUUCAAGCAGAAACAGUGGUGAAGGGCUUAAAGAAACUAGGAGUGCAGAAGUGCACAGUGGUGGGUUUUAGCUAUGGGGGUAUGGUGGCAUUUAAGAUGGCCGAGUUGUAUCCUGACAUGGUUCAAGCCAUGGUCAUAUCUGGGUCCAUCUUGGCCAUGACUGACUCGAUCAGUGAUGCGACAUUAAGUAGGCUUGGAUUCAAAUCUUCCUCGGAGCUUUUGCUUCCUACUUCUGUGAAGGGUCUUAAAGCUUUGCUUUCUGUCGCUGCUUACAAGAAGCUGUGGUUCCCAAAUCGGCUCCACAAAGAUUUCCUUGAGGUAAUGUUCACUAACAGGAAUGAGAGAGCUGAACUGCUUGAAGGAUUAGUGAUAAGCAACAAAGAUCCUACCAUCCAUAAAUUUCCACAGAAAAUACAUCUCCUUUGGGGUGAAAAUGAUGAAAUAUUCAAGCUCGAAUUCGCACAGAACAUGAAAGAGCAACUGGGUGAAAAUGCAACAUUUGAAGGCAUAAAGAAGGCAGGUCAUUUGGUUCACCUGGAGAGACCUUGUGUCUACAAUCGGUGUCUCAAGAAGUUUCUUGCUUCCCUGCAAGGACCUCAAGCAGAGAAGUGAAGCUGUUCCUUGUACUUUUCAUUCUACCUGUCUCGUUCUUGUAUCUGCCCCUCUCAUGAUGCUGCUACCUAUUUUGUUUACAAAUGAUAGCCUUAUGAUCCAGGGAAAAAAAGUCUCUGUUUAUAUUACUUCUUCCCAUCUCUAUGCUAUCAAAUGAAUUCCAAUGAAUUGUUUAUUUUA